UACAUUAACCUGAUGUGUGAAAUAAGAGAUUUUGAGAAUCUAUAAAAAAAAUAAUAGGGGAUAAUGAUAAUAAGAGAGUUUAAAUGUGGAAUUUGUGUCAUUUUUCCAAAAUAAAAUCACAUUACUUGGGGAAAACGGUAAAAAAAAAAAAUCCUUUCUCUUUUCGUUAAUGUCGAACAGAAAUAGCCUAACUUCCUUCUCAAGCUAAUCCCGCCAUCUUUUCUUGCUAAACAAGUCGAAUUUUAAUUUCCUGUCCAAUAUUUUAGUUAUCUAUAAAUACAAGUGAUCAUUAACGAUAAAUUUCACCGGUAUUAUUAGCUUUUUUUUUAGUUACAUUAUUAUUGUAUUUUGCAAUAGGUAUUUAAGAAUCGAAGCAAUGGAAUUGGAAUUGGAAGCAGGAAAAGGGCAAGAUGUAUCUGCUAAUGCUGCUGUAACUUCUUGUGGAUGGAAGAAGUCCAUUGAUGGUGGCUUUAUGAGCAAUUUGAAGGAUUUUGUGAAUACCCCUAUGGCUGAUCACAAGGUUUGCUUCAAAAAUACGAUUGACGAGAAGGUUGAAAAUUUUCGAAAGCAAGUUCAUAAGCUUAAAAGGCUGGGAAAGUUCUGCGACCAUUCAAUGGCUGCCCGCAGAGGAGAAUCAUUAGCGAUUCGAUCGGACAUGACUCACGCAUAUGUAGCUUUUGAUCAAUUUUAUUAAUAUUUCAGUUCUCUUUUGUUUUUUGUUUUUUUCCUUUAAUGGCAUUCCUUGAGUUACCUGAUCAAAAUUUUGCAAUUUUAGUAUAAUUAAAGAGGUUCAUAUUCUCUGCC